CUUCCUCCCGCGGUCACUCUGAGACUUUUCUCUGCAUUUGAGGAUACACGUGUAACUUUCUCCGUUUCUGUCAUCAUGUGAUCAUUUCUAGAAAACAUAUUUGCGUUGGAUUUUACUUUGUAGGAGGAUUCGUGAAGAUUUGGAGUGCUCAUCAAACAGAGAUGUUCAACAACCUCUUCAGUUAGAUCAGCUCCUCCCGGCCUCCCUCCUCCUCCACCAUGAGCCUGCUCUCCUGCUCAGUGGCGAGGGCGGAGCUCUACAGCGAGGGUGCCUCCCCGGUGUCUCUCGACUCCAGUGUAUUCUUCAGUGAGACGACGGCGUCCUGCUCCAGAGACCAUCUUGACUUCUUCAUCAUCAAUGUUGGGGGAAGUCGUUACGUGCUGUCGCAGGAGCUGCUGGCGUCCUACCCGGAGACCCGGCUGGGGAAACUAGCCUGCUGCAGCCGAGACUCAGCGCUGGAGCUCUGCGACGAUGCCGACCUCCUGGAGAAUGAGUUCUUCUUUGAUCGGAACGCGCAGACCUUCCAGUAUGUGAUGAACUACUACCGGACGGGUCACCUGCAUGUGAGGGAGGAGCUAUGUGAGAUGUCCUUCCUGCAGGAGAUUGAGUAUUGGGGCAUCGACGAGCUUUGCAUCAACCCCUGCUGCCGCGAACGUUACUACCGCCGCAAGGAGCAGAAGGAGACCUUCGACGUAUAUCGAGAGUUUGAGGCCCACGACGAUGAUGAGGAUUUUGUGGGUGCCGCCUGUCCGGCUCUCCGUCGCCGCCUGUGGGACCUGCUGGAGAAACCAGAAUCAUCACGCGCUGCUCGCACCUUUGGCUCCCUCUCUGUCUUCUUUGUGGUGGUGUCGGUUAUCAACAUGGUGCUCAUCUCGCUGGACGUUGGGGAGGACUUCGGUGUGAGCGGCGUCGGUGCACCGCUGCUGUUCGAUGCGCUGGAGUAUGUGUGCGUGGUUUGGUUCACGGGUGAGCUGGCACUUCGGUUCCUCUGCGUGAGGGAUAAGUGCCGCUUCAGUCGGAGUAUUCCCAACAUGAUCGACCUGCUGGCCAUCCUGCCGUUCUAUGUGACGCUGGUGGUGGAGAGCCUCCAUGGAGGGAGCACAGAGCUGGAGAACAUGGGCCGCGUGGUGCAGGUCCUCCGACUCCUGAGGUCGCUCCGAAUGUUGAAACUGGGACGACACUCGACAGGCCUAAAGUCUCUGGGGUUGACCAUCGCUCAGUGCUACGAGGAGGUUGGCCUCCUGCUCCUCUUCCUCGGUGUCGGCAUCUCCAUCUUCGCCACGGUCAUCUUCACUCUGGAGCACGACUCUCCUGCCACCACCUUCAGCAGCGUGCCGGCCGCCUGGUGGUGGGCGACCACCUCCAUGACCACGGUCGGCUACGGAGACAUCCGGCCCGACACAGCUGUGGGGAAGGUGCUGGCCUUCCUCUGCAUCCUGUCUGGGAUCCUGAUCCUGGCGCUCCCCAUCGCCAUCAUCAACGAGCGCUUCUCCGCCUGCUACUUCACCCUGAAGAUGAGGGAGGCGGCGGCGCGGCACGGCGAGAUGCUGAAGAGGCUGGCCCGUGGCUCGGUGGGGGGGGCGGGCGUGGGAGGAGUGCGAGGAGGCGUGAACCUGAGGGACGCUUACGCCCGGAGUGUCCUGGAGAUGUUGAAGCUGCAUGGGCGAGAGAGGGCGAGCACCCGGAGCAGCGGAGGGGAAGAACUGUGGUGGUAGAACCAGGAGACGAAACUCAGACUGGCCCAGACCUGAUGGUUGAAGUGACUGCCCUGCAGAGGGGGAAUUUACAACCUCACAAGAGUCAGCGGUUGAAGGGUUCAUGAGUCAGGCACCGAGUGGAUCAAAAGAAUUCCUGAGAAUACUCAAAAGUUCAGUCAAAAGUCAAAAGAUGAGAGUGAUGUGACCUGCACGUCGUGGUGGAGGUCUGGCCACUUUGUAUCGGGACAGAUUCCUAUGCAGAACAAUUUGUUCUGAAAGUUUCCCCUCUUUUGAGUCACAGACAAUUAAAAUAGGUUCAAAGGAUAUGUUUUACUGUGUGCUAGUUUACCGUCCCCCUGGCCCCGCAGGUGCAUUCCUCAUAGACUUCACCAACUUCUUAUCUACUAUAAUUAAAUUAGAGAAGGUUCUAGUAGUUGGAGAUUUUAAUUUACAUGUUGACAAUGUCAGAUCUUUUAUCCAUCACUGAUGCUUUUAACUUUAUUCAACAUGUCUCAGGGCCCACACAUAUUAAGGGCCACACCCUGGACCUAGUUUUCUCACUUGGCCUCCAGAUAGAAAAUGUCUGUGUAGAAGACGUACAUGUGAGUGACCACAGUGUAUUCUUUCAUCUUAACUUCCCAUUGGCCCCGUUGCCCCUGAGACCCAGGGCCCAAAGACAUAUCAUAAAUAAGGAUGUCACCAAGAAGUUCACUGCUCUGUUUGAAUCCGGUAUGUUGUUGGGAUGCCAGGAUGUGGAUGUUUUUAUUUAUUCUUUUAACAACCAAUGCACAGAAAUUUUAGAUAAAGUGGCACCUGUCAAUCCUACCAAGACUGUUCACAAAAAGCAGUGCCCCUGGAUGAACGAAGCCAUACAAUCUAUGAAGAGAAGCUGUCGCAUGGUGGAGCGUCUGUGGAAAAAUGGAAACUUGAGGUCCAUAGACUACACCUCAAGGACCAAAUCGCUUCACUAAAUGAGUUGCUGAAGAACACAAGAACCCAGCCAACCUAAUAGCGACAAAUAAGAAAACCCCCAAAAUAUUGUUUGACACCAUUCACGCUAUUGUCUCCCCAUCUAUCCCUGAAGCUGCUGUAUUUUGUAAAACUGACAGCAAUGAGUUUCUGAAUUUUUUCGUAAAUAGGAUUGCAGAUAUCAGGGCAAAUGUCUCCCAAACUCCUUCCAAUCCUGCUCUGUGACCCACCCCCCUCUUAUUCUUGGUCCUCUUUUAACCCAGUAUCACUGCAUGACAUCAAACGCCUGCUGGAACUGAAACCUUCCUCCUGUUCUACGGAUGUCCUCCCUACUGUGCUCUUUAUACAAGCUUUUGAUUCAAUUGGCCCUAGUAUUGUGAACAUGCUUAAAAUCUCACUUCAAACUGGCAUUGUCCCCAUCUCCUUUAACCAUGCAAUCAUUGAACCAGUACUUAAAAAGUCUAACCUGGACCCAUCAGACCCUAAGAACUAUAGGCCCAUUUCAAAACUCUCGUUUGUGUCAAAAAUUCUUGAAAAAAUAGUAGCAGUCCAACUGACUACCUUCCUUGAGACCCAUGAAUUAUUUGACAAAUUUCAGUCUGGGUUCCGCAAAAAACACUCUACUGAAACCUCUUUACUUAAAAUCUCCAGCGAUAUUAUGAUGGCCGCUGAUUCUGGAAAAUGCACAGUCUUGGUCCUAUUAGACCUUUCCUCAGCUUUCGAUACUGUUGAUCUCAAUAUCAUGCUAAAAAGACUUCACGAGCUGGCAGGGAUGUCUGGAUCUGUCUUAAAAUGGUUUUCAUCUUAUCUGUCUGGCAGAAGUUGUCGGAUAAAGCAGUGUUGUGAUAUGGGGUACCCCAAGGGUCCGUCCUGGGACCUAUCUUAUUUCUCCUGUACAUUCUCUCUCUUGGACAAAUUAUCAGACAGUUCAGCGAUAUAUCUUACCUCCUUUAUGCAGAUGAUAUUCAGCUGUACUGCUCAUUUAAGGCCACAGAUCUCCAUAAAUUAUCCGUCCUAGCAAACUGUUUGAGCAACAUCAAGCAGUGGCUGAAUGAGAACGCUUUGCAACUGAACACAGAUAAGACAGAGACAUUAAUUAUUGCACCUGAUAGCAUUACCCCUUUGAUCAAGCAGUAUUUGGGUGACCUGGGCUCGUCUGUGAAACCGAGCCUCAGGAACCUAGGUGAUGUCUUUGAUUCAGCGAUGUCCCUAGCGCAUCAUUUCAACCAACUAAUUAAAAACUGUUUCUUCCAACUAAGGAACUUAUCCAAACUAAGAUCAAUGGUGUCAAAGAUAGAAUUAGAGAUGAUCAUCCACGCCUUCAUAUCCUCCCGUUUAGAUUAUUGUAAGAGUCUUUUUACAUGCAUGAGUAAUAAAGAACUCACUCGCCUCCAAGCUGUCCAUAACUCAGCUGCUAGACUCUUAACACAUACAAGCAGAAGAGCGCACAUUACUCCAGUCCUAUCAUCCCUUCACUGGCUGCCAGUUCAUUUUAGAAUCCAUUUUAAAAUCUUGGUCCUUACUUUUAGAGCAUUACAUGGUCAAACCUCUUACAUCUUCGACCUGUUACAGCAACAUACCCCCCCCCCAUAACCUAAGGUCAUUAUAUCAGAGGCUGUUGGUAGUUCCCCGUACCCACUUUAAGACCAGAGGAGACCGGUCUUUCCAAGCAGCUGCACCCAGGUUGUGGAAUGCACUCCCCACUUCGUUAUGCAACUGUGUUGUUUCUUUUAAAAAGCAGCUGAAGACUCUGUUAUUCAAACAGGCGUUUGUUAAACAUUAAGCUUGGUUUUAAAGUUGUCUGUCAAUGUGUUUCUGGUGUCUAGCUAGAACUGUAUUUUGUUGUUAUAUUGAGAAGCACCUUGUGAUUUUAUCUGUGAAAAGUGCUAUAUAAAUAAAUUUUACUUACUUACUUACUUACUGUAACAGUUCAGCUACCAGGUCACUCGAAGAGCUGGUGAGCAGCUGAUAUCACUGUUAACAAAUAUUGCAGUAGGCCGCAUUGUGUAAAAUUUUGAUUAAUUGUUCAGCUCUACUGGACGUUGCAUAUGUUUUUUAAUUGCUAACUUGACUGUGGAGCCCAACACGUGCACAAACUACCAUAAAGGUUACCCAGGGCGUUAAAAAGCGACACCAAUGGGUCUUGACCAAUUGUCCAUAUGUGACGAGUUGGAAAUGAGAACGUGUUCUUCUGUUUUGAUGCUUUAUAGAUUGAACAACUAAUAGAUUCAACAAGAAAAUAAUAUGCAGAUUAAUCGAUAAUGAAAAGAAUGGAAGGAGCUUUGAACAAGGGAAAAAAGAAGCAGGUCUCAAAUGCAGCAAAACACACUUUUCUGUGUUGAAUUUGUGGCUCUACCAGGUAUUUUAAUAAGUAACCGGCCCCGCUACAGGGGUCCUGGUCUGUGGUCAAAUGUAGGUUUAAAAGGUAGAUUUUAAGAUUCUGAACAAUUCAUCUUGUUGCUCUUUUUGUGUCACAAACGUGUUUUAAAAGGCUGCAUUUUCAUCACAUCUCAACAGUUCAGUGUGGAGCUUUGGCAGAUGAAAGAUUUCAAGUGAAUUUAUUAUUCUGUUAUGAUGUAACAUGAGUUGACCUGUUUAUACAAAACAUAGAAAUGAAUAACAGUAAAAAUAAACAGUAAUAACUAUACUUAUUAAUUAUAUUUAGUAAGUAACAUUUGAAACGCACCUGUCAAUUUCUACUUUCUGAGUGCAGUUUGGGGUCAUUUGAAAUGUUUGCUCGGCAGAUUCUUUUCCACUUAAUGUAAUGUACAACUUGACCUGAUAAACCAAUCGGCUUGCUUGACGCUCAGGUCCACGUAAUGUGUAGUUGCGAUUUGGCAGGUGUACAUGUUGGUUCCUCUGUGAUUAUAAUUCUCUGUGUAAGUUGGACGUUUGUGUGCAUCUUGGCAGAAACAUAAUAAACUCU